CAUGAGCUUGCCGCAGACAGGAAACAGUGAUACGGGCUCUCCUUUCAAUCCCCUACACGAGAAGGACGCCCUCUACUCAGUCCUCAACCUUCCCACCUGUGCCUCCGACAAUGAGAUAAGAGAGCGCUAUCGGGCUUUGUCGGUCAUCUUUCAUCCCGAUAAACAGCGCAUCGAUGCUGCCAGGGAGACGGCGAACAAAAGAUUCUUGGAGAUCCAAAAGGCCUACGAAGUCUUGUCGGACCCUUUUCUAAGACGUGUUUACGAUGUCUUCGGGUAUGAGGGUCUGAACAUGCAAUGGCCCCCCGAGCUACGCUCCAAACCGGUUGAUGAAUUACGUGGUGUCUUUGAGGAGGCCCAGAGAAAGGAACUCGAAGACCUGAUUCGCCCGCGGGGGUCUCUGACGCUCGGUAUCAAUGCACGUUCUUUAUUCGAGAGCGACCCCUUGCCACGGCGUGGGCGUAAAUGGACGAACAAUAUUGGCAAACGUAUUCGCGACAUCAAUGUCUCUGCUUUCGCUGUACGGUAUCGAGUCCAGACGAAUCUCAAUGAGAGAACUACAGUUACACUGGCCCCAAAGCUAGAAGCGUCUGGUUCAAGCCAAGGACUUCGAGGUGGGAGUCUUCUAGGUACAGUACGACACCAAUAUUCCCCUCGGCUUUCAUACGAGGCAACGGUGUCUCUACUCCGUGCACGACAAAUCAGUCUGAAGGCAACUUAUAACGGGAACCACAGCGGUUUUCUCGUUCGAACAACCAUUUCGUCUUUUCUGCGACAACGCUUUCCUCCGUUCACAAUCCAGUAUUCCCAACGUCUAUUCCGAAGAUCUCUGACCGAAGGUACCAUACAGUUGUACACCGGUCCCCAACCAUAUUUGAACCUCAGCAUUGCAUCUCCCACACCGUUCGGAAACCGCGACCAUGAACUCGAGCCGAUCAAAACAGGCUCCGCCACAGGCUUCGGGACGGGCAUAUAUCAGCGGUCUUUUGGUGUCACUAUUGCUGGUUUAGCCUCUGGUGCAAAGGUAGAAUGGGGGGUCGUCUUUGGUGAAUUGGCCGUUCAUGCGAAGGUCGGCCUGCAGCUUGGCCUGGCCGGGCUGCAAUGGGUCCUGUCGGGCGUAUGGGGCGAUGACCAGGGUGGCGUCACGGUGGCUGUUGCCUUAGGUGCUAAUGGUGUUCUGCUGAUGGCAGAUUUCGCGUAUGUGGGGCAGCAUUUCAAUGUGCCCAUCGCACUGUCUGAAGAGUUCGACGCUCCGCUGGCUUUCUACACGGCGCUCCUGCCCACAACGGCGUUUGUCGUGGCAUACGAAUUCAUUCUGAAGCCUCGGCGACGGGAACAACGUGCAGCAAUUUUCCGUAUCGCUCGCAAGGAGUUGGCCGACGAGCAGUCGUCCUCAAUGCGAGAACUUGCGGAAACAAUAUCAUUACUCAAGGAUACGGCACGCAAGCACAUGAGUGCCGAAGCCGCUGUAGAUGGUCUCGUAAUUCAAGAAGCUACAUAUGGUCCGCGUCUCGACGCUGAUCCGGAAGCAAGAAACUUAUCGGUCGACGUGACGAUACCCGUUCAAGCUCUUGUACACAGGAGCCAAUUGUAUAUCCCGGGCCACCGCACAAAGGCAACUUUGCAGGGGUUUUACGAUCCCGCGCCUUCUUUCGUGAAAUCUCUUCGUGUACGUUAUCUCUUCCGGGGUCGAGCUCACUAUGCGGAGAUUCCAGACUACGUCCCCGUUGUGCUUCCUCUAGAAGGCCAUUUGGUAGAAGCCUAAUCGUGUGCUUCACCAUUGAACUUCAUUCCUUUUGUCUUAUGCCAGUGGCCUUCAAGGUCAUAUUUGUAAAUCCCUGCGCACUCUGUGGACCACUAUUGUGGUAACGGGUGCUUACAUAACCC